CUGGCUUGUGUCUGGCGGUCGAAAAUAGUCAUAGACGCGCAUAGUUUCAUGCAUUCCAAUGAUGGUUCCUUAUCUAUACACUCCUAUAUAGAUUGCAACACCUUUAAUUGUACCGAUACAGCGCCCUCUAGUGUUUCCCCAAAUUCGCCUACCGCUUUGGCAGCGUAUGAGAAAGGCAAGAGAGACAGGAAGCGAAACGCGUUCAACCUGUACUAUAUGAUCGAGGAAUGCACUAAAUGUAGUGCUUGGGAUCUGUUGGGCUAUGGAAAUUACUGCGGGUUCGGCGGGUCGGGUACACCGAUUGACAAUAUUGACAGAUGCUGCCAAAAGCACGACCACUGCUACGAUGACGUAUUAAACCAGAACGACUGUUGGCGCAUCAACAUCUACUUAAUGCCGUACGACUGGAAAGUCCUCGACGGGUCUCCGUACUGCGGCAACGAGAGCAACAAGUGUAGGAGAGAGAUAUGCCAGUGCGAUAAGGAGUUGACUGAGUGCUUGAAUAGGAUCGGGUGUCCAUAAUGUGAUUUCAAAGCGUUUCUAUUGAUUCCCAUAAAGUCUUAAGUCAUAAUGUAUCGUUUGUCAAAUUUUUUGUUAGUCAUAAUUUGGUUUUUCUCAGA